AUGGACUUAGGUUCAUUCCCACAAGACCAAAGAAUCCGUGUUGGUUCACUCAUUGAUAUGUGGGAAGAAUUAUAUGAGCUAGAUGAAGUUGGCUCCAUCGACAAACUUCAUGAAAUCAGUUCCCGGAAUUUGGCUAGUCUUGUGGUCACAAGGAGAGAUGCACAUGAGGUUGGCAGAUACUACACUGAAGACUUUGUCUUACAACAUGAUCUUCUUAGAGAGCUAGCUAUCCAUCAGUGCAGACAGGAGCCAAUAGAAAAGACGAAAAAAUUGAUUUUGGACAUUAGUGGAAACAAUCUUCCCAAGUGGUGGACUGAACAGAAGCAGCAACAUAUCAGCUCCCACCUAUUGUCUAUCUCAGCUGAUGAAAAUUUCUCAUCAAGUUGGUGUAAGAUUCAACCACCUGAAGUUAAGGUUCUAGUUCUGAAUUUUCGAUCAGAGAAUUACACCCUGCCUGAGUUUGUGGAGAAAAUGGAGGAACUAAAGGUUCUUAUAGUUACCAAUUAUGGUUCUUUUCCUGUUGAAUUAGGUAACUUUCAGCUACUUGGGUUUGUACCCAAUCUAAAGAGAAUCAGAUUGGAGAAGGUUUCAAUUCCUUCCAUUUGCAAGACUCUAUCACUAUCAAGGAAAUUGGAGAAGAUAUCCCUGUUUAUGUGUCAUAUUGGUCAUGCAUUUAGGACUUGCAGUAUCCAGAUUUCAGAUGCACUGCCAAAUUUAAGGGAGAUAAACAUUGACUACUGCAUUAAUCUGGUGGAAUUGCCUGCUGGGAUCUUUGAUAUUAUCAGCCUUAAGAAACUCAACAUCACCAAUUGUCAUAAGCUGUCUAAAUUGCCAGAGGGGUUAGGAAAGCUGAGGAAUUUAGAAGUGCUAAGGCUUAGGUCAUGUACUGAGUUGUUGGAGUUACCAGAGUCAACUGAAAGCCUCCAUAACUUGGUCGUUCUUGACAUCUCCGACUGCCUAAGCAUUAGCAAGUUGCCAAAGCACAUUGGCAAGUUGUGUAAUAUGAAAGAGUUCCAUAUGAGAGGGUGCUUGGCAUUGCGUAAUCAGUUGCCACCAUCAAUUCUGGAUCUUGAGCACUUGAAACUUGUGGAAUGUGAUGAAGGGAUGGCCAAACGAUGGGAGUCUAUAAUCAAGGAGUUUCCCGCCCACCACUCCCGUCCACAGAUAAAAGUGGCGGAAAAAGAUAUCAACUUGAAAUGGCUUCGUAAUCAUAUCUGAGAAUGGUUUCCAAGAAAGCCAGAGUUUCGAUCCUAUUCCUGCUAGGCUGUGUGUGAGCACACUGUUUCAAAGUCAGUCUUGAAGAAUAAGUUGGUUUUGUAAAUGCAUGCGUUUGUCAAUAAUAUUAUCACCAUAUCGACGGAAAUGAGGUUCACAGUUUCUCAUAUUUUUUGUGAAGGCAACCAAGUUGCUGAUACACUUGCUCGGGAUGGUGAGGCUGGUACCAAGAAAGUAUAUGGAGAAGGUGACAGAUUACCGCAGGUUGAAAGAGGAAUGGUUCAACUGGAUAAAAUAGGCCUCCCUUCUUUAUGGCUUUAAUUCUGUGUUUUGUUUGAGGGUUGUGGUUUUUCGUUAUUUGCCUGGUAUGGUUUGUUGUUGGAGGGUAUUUAGUUUUUUCUAUUCUGGUUUUUAAGAUACAUGGGGGAUGUUUUUUAGUGCUCUGUGUGUAAAUCCCAUGUGUUAUGUCUCUUUCCACAGUAUACCUCCACCAUAAGUGAGGGUAAUUUUAAUGAGUAAUGCUACAUAUAGUCGUGGAGUGUGCAAACGACAAGCAAUCACUUUGAAAAAAAG